CCUGUUCAUUCUAUUCAUGAUUCAUGUGCUAAGAGCUUUAUAAAGCUUCAUUGCUGCAAAACAAAAACUGUAGGACCAUUUCUCUUGAAAAUGUAACGUGACUAGAUUAUACUGCCUCUAAAGCUCGUUACCAUUCACACCUACAUGCAUACAACCCAAAGCUCCAGGGACAAUUGAACUGCGACGCGGUUUCGUCCAUGUCGCGUCGAACUACACCAAGCUAUACAACCCGCGAGAACCAGCCAUAGGCGACAUAACGAAGUUUCUUUGAUUGAAUUGACGCAUAUAUAGCACGCAAAGAUGUCUCUUAACAGUAAGGAAAAAUCACAACUCCGAAGCGCCCUACAGGAAGCAGUUAUAAAAUGUUCAGAGAGAUGUCUUUAUCAAUCUUCAAAAUGGGCAGCCGAACUACUUAACGCUAUUCCUGAACCCGAGGCGUCGCCUGACGAUUCUCAACUGUCGGAUGCAUCUAAUGGAUACGCAUCGACAGCAUUUGCCCAAAAUGGCGACCCAGACGAAGCAAUACUCGAAGCUAAAGAGAUAAACAAGUACCUUCUAGCAAAGUCCCUCUUCGAUUGCCGAGAAUAUGACCGCUGCGCUGCAGUUUUCCUUCCCGACUCUACCUUGGCUGGCAUGGCAUCCUCGAAAGAGCCGAAUAACGCAACGCCCAAAGGCAAGGGGAAAGGCAAGGCCACAGCGCCUAGCACCAGGACAAGCAGCACCGAGAUAUUACCACAACUGAGUCAAAAAAGCUUGUUUCUUGCAUUAUAUGCCAAGUUUCUUUCGGGAGAGAAACGUAAAGAUGAGGAUGCCGAGAUAGUAAUGGGACCUCAAGAUAUUGGCACAUGCAUCAAUAAACAGCUAUUGACAGUCAGUCGCAUUUUAGAAACAUGGUUCGAGCAACGAAAAACAGACGACGGUGAAGAGAUAGAAGGUAGCCAAGGGUGGCUUGAGUACCUCUACGGUAUGAUUCUUGCUAAAGAAAAGAACGAAGAGCUGGCACUAUAUUGGCUAGUCCGCAGCGUACACCUAUUCCCUAUGAAUUGGGGUUGCUGGCUAGAGAUGACUGCACUUAUCUCACGAGUAGAAGAUUUAAAUCGCAUAAUGCCUCGUUUACCGCAAAACAUCGUCUCCUUUAUGUUUCAUAUACACACCUCGCUCGAGCUCUACCAGCACGAUCCGAAUCUUGCAAAUUCCCUCGACCAACUACUCAAUAUAUUCCCGACGUCAUCUUUCCUGCUCACAUGCGAUGCGCUGCUAUCCUACCACGCGAAGGAUCUCGUUGCAGCAGAACAACACUUUAGCAAUAUUCUAUCGCUUCACCCCCAUCGACUCGAUUCGCUUGACCAUUAUUCUAACAUACUUUACGUCAUGAACUCACGACCAAAACUUGCAUUCUUAGCGCAUCUAUGCAGUAGUGUUGAUAAAUUUCGCCCAGAAUCUUGCGUGGUAAUUGGCAAUUACUACUCGUUAUUAUCCUUGCACGAGAAAGCUGUGCAAUAUUUCCGACGAGCGUUGAUGCUGGAUCGCUCAUGCUUGUCCGCUUGGACACUCAUGGGACAUGAGUAUGUCGAACUUAAAAAUACGCAUGCGGCUAUUGAAUCAUAUCGACGAGCUGUGGACGUAAAUCGAAGAGACUACCGUGCAUGGUACGGAUUGGGGCAGACGUACGAGAUUUUAGAGAUGCAUGCAUAUGCAUUGUGGUAUUAUAAGAAGGCAGCCGGUCUUAGACCAUGGGACGGGAAGAUGUGGAUGGCCGUUGGCUCGUGCUUACAGCGCAUGAACCGAAAUCAAGACGGGAUCAAGGCUCUAAAACGGGCACUACUCGCCGAGAGCUACUACGACACUAAUAGCAGCAUCGGCAGCGGCGGAAUAGCGGGUAGUCUUCGAGGCGCGCACAUGGACCCGGAGAUCUUGUUACAGAUCGCGAACAUGUACGACGGCAUAGGCGAGGAAGAAGACGCAAAGGCAUACAUGGAAAUGUGUGUGGCGCAAGAAGACGGCGGAGUAGGCGACAGCCAAGGUGAAGGCAUCGCAAUCCAUAACGAUUCGCCGGGAGAAGGCUCGGAUGACGACGGCGAUCGUGCCGGACGCGGAGAGGGAGGUACGGGGGUGACAGCCGCUACUAGCAAGGCCCGGAUGUGGCUUGCGCGCCACGCGAUGAGGACGGAGGAUUACGUUACGGCAAACCGCUUAGCAAACGAGCUAUGCCAAGAUGGUGUUGAGGUCGAGGAAGCGAAGGCGCUCAUACGAGAAGUUAGGUCCAGGAUGGAGGCUAGCGGAAUGGAAUUACCGUCGGCGGGAUGAGCCUCCUAUAAUACAUUGCGCUACUCACGAAUUACGAAUGUUUAAUGCCACCAGGUGGUUUGGAAGCCAUGGCCCAUGCAUCGAUUAUGGCUAAUGAAUUAUAAUAUCUGCAUGAAUGAAAAAUUUGUGAAAGUGUGGAUUUCGCUUUGAGGAUACGAAAUUUGACCUUUAUGGUGGUUUACGUGAGCCCGAGGUAUCCCAUUAGAGAUGGGUUAUGGGCUGAUGGCUUCCGGUGGGUAACCAACCGAUUGUAAUAUCGAGAGCAAGAAUGUUCUCCGCACGCGCCGGGCGGUUGACCUUUACAUGAACCUCUCAGCAAUGUAACAUGCCUACUACCAACAUUGAAAAUUUUGUUGAUCAGGAUGACUAGAAGUUCUACGGUCUCGUAAGCUUGGGAGUAGGAGUCAUCAGCGCAAGUGAAAUUCGUAUUUCA